AUGAUUGGGAUGUCUAUCAGCCCUUUUAUAGCAGGUCUUUUCAGGAGCUUUACUACUAGUAUCUUUAUAGCUCUCACCCUCUUUGCUUUCUGUAUAAUUUACCUGCACCUUUGCUUGGGCUCCAAUACUGUAAGAAAUGACCAAAGCAACACACAGAUCCAGCAAGUGACUGGAAGCACGGAAGAAGGGCGUCAAAGCCAAGAAACCUGUACUGUUUCGAGUACUGAAUGGCUUCCUAUUCUGAUAUCACCACUGAAACCAUUCCAAAAACAGCCUUCGCAUCUUCUCAUUAGCUUGAGUCUUCUCAGCUACAACCUUGUCCAGUCCUACAUCUUUACUUGCUUAUUGAUCUACACAUCUGUACGUUUUGGAUUCACAGGCAAGGAGAAUGGUUUCAUUAUCUCGAUUGCCCAUUCUAUUGCAGCCUUGUACGUUUUCACUACUUUGUAUAUUGGGCCUAGAGCUAUGGCAUGUCUUCACUCAAGGUGUGGGUUACUUGCGGGCACGAAGCGGAGAGAUCUUAUUCUGGCCUGCAUUUCACUUACCAUCCAAACAGCAUCACUAGCAGUUCUGGGAUUGGCCAAAGAAGCUUUGCAUCUUUAUGUUGCUACAGUACUCCUAUCGUUCAGCUUGCCUGCAUCUUCUUUCAUUAAAGCCUACUUCGCCAGCAAUUUCAAUCGCAAGGAAAGACCAAUGUUCCUUGCUGCUUUAGCAGCAAUGGAAAUGCUUGGUAGUAUUCUGAGCCCUCUUGUUUUUGGAUCUCUCCAGGCUUACUUUACAGUGAAUGGUGUUAUCUUUUAUAUUGCUGCUCAGAUUACUGAAGCGUCUCUGAUCAUGUUAAUUGUUGGUUCACUUUUUGUUAACAGGUCGCAUAUUGUAGCAGAAUAG